UGUCGGAGUAAUUGAGCCACAAUAACGAGGUACUUACGUCAAAACGUCAUCAUUCCUCGAGAUGUAAACAAUUUAAGCUUUGUUUUGUAUUAUUGUGCUGCAUAUACAUUAAAUGCACUAAAAACGUACUCUGAGGUAAUCAAUAAUUUGAGUUGCUAAAACAUUUUCGAACAUCAGGAUCAGCAUUUUAAGAAUCUCGGCCCCGUUUAAAAAAAACCAAAAGCUCCUUUGAAAAAAGGUAAAAAAAUGGCAGGACAACAGCAUCCUUUUCCUUCCGGCUUUCCAAAUGCGCAACAGUCGACUAUGCGUACUCAAUUUGGCGGCGGUCAAAUGGUCUCUGGAUUAAUGGGUCCCCAACAGGGCGUUCCAGGGAUGGUGAAUCCUCAGCAGUUUGGAACAGGCGUUGGCACAGGUGUUGGUUCCAACCCCAUGGGAAUGCUGAGUGCCCAACAAGUGUUGGUCCAGCAACAACAGUCGAAUGCUCUGCAACAAAUGCACUUGCAGCAGCAAGCGCAAAUGCAGAUGCAGCAACAGCAGCAGCAGCAAGUGGCUCUGGUGCAGCAAAAUAAUCAGGGUGGAAGCGCAGCUUCGACGCCUCAAAAUCCCGUUCCUCCCAGUCAACCUCAGGCACAAAAACAGCCCGGAAAAGAUAUCAAUACGGCGAGUCUCUGCCGAUUUGGACAGGAGACGGUUCAGGAAAUUGUCAGCAGAACACAGGAAUUGUUUCAGACGUUAAAAGUCCUUCAACCUCCUAACGGCACGGCACAAGGCUCGACGUUUGCCAAUGAAAAGAAAACGAAAGUGUCAGACCAUCUGAAAAUGUUGGGCGCACUAUUUAAUCGCCUCAGGCUCAUUUACGAAAAGUGCAAUGAAAGUUGCCAAUCUGGAAUGGAAUACACGCAUAUUGAGAGUCUGAUUCCGCUCAAGGAGGAGUGGGACAUGAAGUCUGACGAAAAGAAAUCGUCAGAGGCUUAUCGACUUGUGUAUGAGGAGAGCAAAGAAGUGAUGGAGCAAGUGAUUAUCAAGAACAAACACCUCAAAGAAAUCAUCGAUCACCUGAGACGCAUUAUUUCGGAAAUAAAUACAAUGUUAACUAUGCGACGAUCAUAGAAAUAAUAUAUGUAAAUAAAUAAUCGCUUGGAUAAAUUAUACUGCCAAUUUGCUAUAAUAAAUUUAAUCUUAUAUAC